CGGGUGGGACCGCGGCGGAGCGGAGCGGGCGCGGCACCGGCGGUUGAGGCUCUCUCUGAAGGAGGCCACGUCCCCAGGCAGCCAUGGCCCCCACACUCGCCACAGCCCACCGGCGGCGCUGGUGGAUGGCCUCCACRGCCAUCAUCGAGAACCUGCUCUUCUCUGCCGUUCUGCUGGGCUGGGGGUCCCUGCUCAUCAUGCUGAAGGCUGAAGGGUUUUAUUCCUACCUGUGCUAYGGGGAAGAACCCACCACCAACAGCUCUGAGCUCGACAACAGCACAGCUUCAGAGCACAAAUGGCCUUCCUGCAACGCCCAGGAUGAGAUGCUGAACUUGGCCUUCACCAUCGGCUCCUUCCUGCUCAGCGCCAUCACGCUGCCCUUGGGGAUUGUCAUGGACAAGUACGGCCCUCGCAAGCUGCGGCUGCUGGGCAGUGCCUGCUUUGCUGUGUCCUGUGUGCUGAUCGCCUACGGUGCCAGUAACCCUGACUCGCUGUCUGUGCUGAUAUUCAUUGCCCUGGCCCUGAACGGCUUCGGUGGGAUGUGCAUGACCUUCACAUCACUCACGCUGCCCAACAUGUUUGGUGACCUUCGCUCCACGUUCAUYGCUCUGAUGAUUGGCUCCUAUGCUUCCUCUGCUGUGACUUUUCCAGGAAUCAAGGUCAUUUAUGACUUUGGGGUCUCCUUCAUYCUUAUUCUGCUUGUCUGGGCGAGCUGUGCGGGACUCGUGUUCCUCAACUGCUUCUUCAACUGGCCCCUGGAGCCUUUCCCAGGACCAGAAGACAUGGACUACUCGGUGAAAAUAAAGUUCAGCUGGCUGGGAUUUGACCACAAAAUCACCGGGAAGCAGUUCUACAAGCAAGUGACGACCGUGGGGCGCCGUCUGAGYGUGGGGAGCUCCAUGAAGGGCCCCAAGGAGCCGGCAGCGCUGCAAGAGAACAACAAGCUCUGUCUGUCUACAGUGGACCUGGAAGUGAAGUGCCAGCCUGACAGUGCAGCUACUCCUUCCUUCAUGAAGAGYGUCUUCAGCCCCAUCCUGCUGCUCAGCCUCAUCACCAUGUGCGUCACUCAGCUGCGGCUCAUCUUCUACAUGGGAGCCAUGAACACCAUCCUGGAGUUUCUGUCUGGAGAUGAAAGUCAAGUGGCUCUCUACACUUCCAUUUUUGGGGUCCUGCAGCUGCUGUGCCUGCUGACAGCGCCUGUGAUCGGGUGCAUCAUGGACUGGCGAAUGAAAGAGUGUGAUGAUGGCUCAGAGGAGAAUGAGGAGAGCAACGCUGAGCAAGGUGAGAAGAAAAAGAAAAAGCGUGACCGCCAGAUCCAGAAAAUCACCAAYGCCACCAAUGCCUUUGUAUUCACAAACUUCCUGCUGGUUGGAUUUGGAAUCACCUGUCUUAUUCCCAAUCUACCAUUGCAGAUUCUGUCCUUCAUUUUGCACACAAUUGUGAGAGGAUUCAUCCACUCAGCUGUGGGAGGCCUCUAUGCAGCUGUAUACCCCUCGACUCAGUUUGGCAGCUUGACAGGGCUGCAGUCGUUGAUCAGUGCCCUCUUYGCCCUUCUGCAGCAGCCUCUCUUCAUGGCACUCACAGGACCUUUGAAAGGAGACCCUCUCUGGGUGAAUGUUGGCUUGCUUGGCGUGAGCCUCCUGGGAUUCUGCCUCCCAAUCUACCUGGUCUGCUACAGGCGCAGGCUAGAGAGAGAAAAGAAGCAGAAGAUGGAAGAUGCCAAACUUUUCUUCAAAAUCAACGGCACUCCCACUGAGGAAGCCUUUGUUUAAACUGGUGCUUCACAUACAACCUCCCCUGUACAGGUUCCUACCACAUCCGUGGGUUCUACCUGUGGUGUAAGCCAGGACUUUUCUCCCCUGGCUCUGCCAGUCUUUGCUCAUCACUGGAGUGAGGGCUGGACAUGCUGACUGAGAUUUCCUCAGAKAAAUGGCAGGAGGAGACUUCCAACUCCUUACUCCAAAACACGGGACACUUUCCCUUUUUAUAAAGGCCACACAGAUAUUGUGUCUUAAAUUAUCCCCUGAUCACGCUCUCCAGCAGCAGAGAGUUUGCAUAGGAAGGAAACUGGGGAGAGAAGGAAUAGAGGGAUGGGGGAAGAGGGAAGACAGACCAUAAUUUGAGUUGGCAAAUGUAACACACUGAAGUCUGUGUUCUCCCCCUCUUCCCCCAACCUUGGCUGAUGCAGUCUCGGAUGCAASCUGCACUCUCCUCCCUCCCCAAGGCUUCAUAAUGGUCUUUCUGCUUGAUGUGUAUCUGGACCCAGUGGUUUUACUGUCUCGCCAGACAUACCCCUGUUUCUGAGGGGGGGAAGGGGUUUUUAUUCCUAUGUGUAUGAGCACAGCUUCAGUGUAUUGCUAAAUGUCGACCACUUGCACUGACAGCUCCCAAACCUUUCAUUACUACAAAUGACACAGACUGUGAGCAAUGGAUCUGCCUUCCACACUGAAAUGAAGAGCCUAGAGUGGACUGCUGGUCCUAGACCAAGCCUUCAGAGGUCUGGAAUUCCUCUUCUUCCCGGUUCACAARUCCACCUGUACGUGUUUUAAACUGUCUGCAGUCCAGGAGCCUCUGAGACAGGAUUUGGAUCUUGUUUACCRAUGAAGUGCUUUGAGAGACUCGUUGCCUUUUAGCCUCUCCCUCCCUCCGACAUGACCCUGGGAGGGGAGCAGCAAUGUGUAUUCAGUAAAGUGGAGRAGCUUCUUGAAGCUGAGUUCUGGGGCUGCAGAUACCUUGGUGUUCACGUGCUGGGAGCUGACCUGCUGGUGAAAAGAAUCAAGAGUGCAGAACACUCCUUUGUGUCUGGUAACUGGAUCCUGUGGACUUGUGGCGGGGUGAUGUGGUGAUGUCAUUUUUCCUUUAGCCAUAGCUUAUCUACCUUGCUGUGAGAAUGGUCACCAAGCUGCUGAACACCAGGUUACUGUGACUGACCAAAAUGCUGCCGGUUUGGCUGUUCUAGGAGCCUUCUACAAUGCUGGUGCUCUGUCUGGACAGAGCAGAUGGUGAUUGAUUGUACGGUGAAGCUGACUGUCAGAGCAAUACGUGUGGGUAAAGGUGCCCCAGGCCUGUUCACACCAGGGAGGGAAUACAAAGGGAACUUUUAACCUACUUAUUUUUAUAGAGGUUUUCCUUGUCUAAAGCAGACUUUUCUGCCCGUAACCUUCUUGUUGUGGUUGGUAGCUCAGGCUCUGUAGCCCUGUGCCCAGUAUGGACCCCUGCACCGGGCGGACCUGCGGGGAGCAGGACUGUGCAGGGGUGAGGAUCAGCAUCCCCGGCGGGUGCGUGGCACCAACUGCACUGGGCUGAGCUGGUGGCCGCGGGAAGGUUGGGGCAGAAAUAAAACCAUUCUGAAGACCUAGUGSUGGUGUUUUACUGCAAAGCCUGGCAGGGGGUCAGACAUUCAACUUCUCUGUGUCUGGUUGGAAAAGUACAAGAGUUGCUCACAGGCGMUUAGAGACACCACCGUGCUGAGACCUUGCUGUGAGAAAUGACCUGGAAGCUGCGUGUUAAUUCGUUCGCUGGGGGUUGAAGGARACACAACCUCCGCCCGGGCAGGGCUCCACCUUUCCUAAAGAGCAGCAGAGCCUCGGYAGCAGGGCCGGGAGCCCCGCGGGUCCCUGGCUGGUGGCAGUGCCACUGCAGGUACCGGGGCCACUCUGUGGGACGGCAGCGCCAUCUCGAGUCGCUGCUCCUGCGGGCAGCUCUGCUGCUCCUGCACUCCACGGUACCUUUUAGUCUUCAGUCRCUGGUUUCAGAAGGACUCGCCACUUGAGGAAUUUACACAUUUGUGAUUUUUUUUUUUUAUUAUUUUUAAUGUGUUGCCUUUAUUAAAUGUGUUUGUUUCAAGACAGCCUUAUUGCCUGCUGUCAACGCUGUACUCUGCUGGAACUUUUUGUCUUUUGGUGAUGAUUUAGUGACCUUGCCAUCUUUUCUUUGAGCAAUAAUUAAGAAGGCAGAGUUUUGAUUAAUUUUCCUGUUCUCCUCUAUUGUCUCAACUUCAUGUUGAGAGACYCACCAGCCGUGGUGCAGCCUGCCUAGACUGCCAGAGGGCUUUCUGCAGAUUUCUGCAUUUUGUAUUCCAAUACUUCUAAAUAAUUUGAGAAGAGUCUUGCUCAGAGCUACUUGUGACAUGACAAUGCCAGAUUAAGUAUUGGGUGAGUGAGCCUCCAGCUGUAGUCUCAGUAUCCUAAAGCAGAGUUGGAGGGUGUUUUAUGUGCGAACCCAGCAUUCCAUCCACCUCAGUUUCAGAAUUGAAUGUGAUUGCUUCCACUCUUACGUCACUUUAAUGCCUGUUACAAAUGUGUCAGCACAGUAGUGCAAUAGGGAGUGACAUAUUUUAACAAAGUCUUAGUGGAGAUGCUGCUGCCUUUUAGUUUACCUGCACAUACUUCAAAGAACACACUUUUGKUUUUGCCAUCUACCUCCCUACUGCAGUUCCUAGAUCCUGCCCUUUAUUAGGGAUAUCUUCAAAUCCAGUUUCAUCUGAUAMACUGGUGGUUGUCUGCUUAAUGUCUUUGCUGAUGUGCCAUGGUGUUUAGAAGCUGCUGGUCAGCUGUGAGUAGACCUUGUGUCCUGGAGUCACAGUCCUGGUGGGUGCACAGGGAAGUUUUAGCUAUUCAGGGUUGAUCAGACAAAUGGGAUCAUGUUCUUGGGCCAUGCAAAGGCAAACUGUGGAAUUCUUUGCUGCAGAAGWUAGUGGGGAACAGAAGUAUCAACUUAUUUUUUUUAAAAAAAGGCUGGUUAAACAAUGGUCUGAUGCAUCUGCUAACUCAGGGAGAUUUUAAGUUGCUGUAAAUAAGAAAGUUAUGCCAAGGAAGGAUACUUGUCUGCAUGUUCUGUCUCGUAAGAAUUGGUCAUAGACCAAGAAAACAUGCUGGGCUGAAGUGAAACACUACUCUGAUCCCAUGGGUUGUAAUUUAUUCUGACAGUUGUGAACCAAACUCAUUUCAAGAGCAGUCUAAGAUKUAUCUAUCCAAAACCUGCAUCUGCGUGCAAGAUGUGCAAACGCUCUACUGAUUGUGGCAUAACUGCUUCAGUGCUGCAMCUCCUGCUGCACUGGGGCUCUUCGGAGGGCAAUAUUCUGCCUUCAGAUUCUUCUAAACAUUGCCUUGAACAGCACAGAAACACAGUUGGGGUGGUCCUGUCACGUGGGGUUGAUCAGGGGCAGUUUGCCUCAUCCUUUGGUGCUUAGGGAAAUAGAAUUUUGGGUUCUAUAUAUUAGGAGUGGAAAACAGCAUUGCUGCUUCCCAGCUGAGUGAUGCAGGACCAGGAAGAUUCCUGGCGCACUCCCUGUGCGCAAUGAGCCACCUUGUGGGAAAAAUAAACGGGCUACCAAAGACUAGAGAGUCACAGYAGUUGGAAUCAAUAAUGCAUUUAUCUGGAUAACUCAAAUAUAGGUCAAUGUGUUUAACUGCUUUCAUAAUUCCUAAAUGCUCAUUUUGUAGGACUUGGGGGGGUUUUAUGCUGUUUGUACCUCCUUAUCCUCAUCCAUAUGGGAAGUGCAAGGAGGGGGCCAUGGGGGAAACCUCCAUGGAAGCAUYCCCAGCUGAAUGUAAUGAAGCAGAAACCUGAUCUGUGAGUACCUGCUGUUUGUAGGAGCCCUCAGAGUCAAGGGUGUUGCUGUUUAAAGUGAUUGCACCUUCUGGAGACAUUGCUCCUGCCCUCUACAGCCUCUCACAUGCAUUUGUAUUAAAAAACAAUAAAAUCCACAGAGUGGGGAAGGGAGGGUGACAGCUUUUUGCUUUCACUAAUCUGUCAGAACCUAAGCCCUGUUGACACAGCCUUUAUAGCACUAAUGCAAUGACACUAUGUCAAAAGUAGCAGGGAAAAUCUGUGCUGUUCUGCUYAAUAGGACACUUACACUAUGACAGUCACUGAGUAAAGCUAUAUCUGGAUCCUUGAGGUGUAACCGGACACAGAUGUCUGGAGAAAAAAAAAGGGCAAAUCUUGCUGAGACACCAACUUAAAUGCAAUCCUGCUACAGCAACUGAAAUGUUCAACUCCCACAACGAAGCCUGGCCUCUUCAUGCUCUGUCUACAAAGGAAAUUUGCAGGAUAAUAAGAUUUUAACUAAGUCCGUAAAUCACUAAAAUGUUUUCAAGUAGGAGAUUUCUCUCUUGACAGGCCRAUGAAUUUGGAAAAUAUGCUACAAAAUUUAAAGCACAUACUGUAGGGUUAAAGGAAUKAAAUUUAUAAACUACUACUCCUCUUUUUUCCCCUCUGAGUUUUUUUUCUGCAUCUUCAGAGCUUUUCGGAUAUUCCCUAAACCCCAGUUUAGAAUUGCACAGUGCUCAUAAUGGAAMAUAGUAUUGCAGUAGGAUUCCUGAUGGGAAGGGACUGGUUUGGGGUUUUUUUUAAAUUAAAACAAAAAGGCCACCUCUGAUUCACAAUUCACAAUGUUAUCUUCUCUGGAAUAGCUGAAACAAUGAUUUGUUAUGUAUGCAGUCUUACAUGUUAAUUAUAAAGCCCACAGGUCCUUGUUUUCUUCCACAUGCUGCCAGCCUGUCUCUGCGCAAUCUGUUUUUACCAGSUGUCCUGUGCUCCACGUUGUCAUCCUGCUGCUGUUUGUCACUUCCUUGUGCCUGACCCUCUGUCACUCGCUUUUUAUUCUGGAGACAAUCGCUUCUUUCAGAAAAUCCCCUCUUUAACUUGCCAGCAUUACCUCUCCUACCUUUUCCGGUCCACAGAAUUUUUUGUAGCAUUUGUUGAAGUCGAAUUGUAAACUCGGGGCAGGCCUGUGUCAUCUUCUCUGUGUUUGUAAGGUGAUGUGCACUCUUGCAGUACUAUCUCAAAAUAAAGUGAUAAUAAGUUAAUMAUUAGUUUUCCUUCUGAGGGGGAACAUAAUAAAAGCAUUGGUUGCUUCCUAACGAGAUUAU